AUGGCCGGCACUGCCCAGGGCGCCGUGGACUCGCUGCUGGGCCGCCUCUCGUCGGUGCUCCUGGAGGAGGCGCAGCUGCUGCGCGGCGUCCGCGGCGACGUCGAGUUCAUCAAGGACGAGAUGGAGAGCACGAACGGCUUCCUCCUCGACGUCGCGGCCGCCGACCGCCCCAACCACCAGGUCCGGGCCUGGGCCAAGCAGGUCAAGGAGCUCGCCUACGACUCCCAGAACUGCAUCGACCGCUACGUGCAGUGCGUCUCCGACGUCCCCGGCGCCGGGGCCGGCUUCGGCGCGGGCGUCCUCGCCACCCUCCGGCGCGGCCCGCGCCUGCUGAGCACCAUGCCGGCCCGUCACCGCACCGUGGUGCGGAUCCGGGAGCUCAAGGCCCGGGCGCGUGACCUGGGCGAGAGGCGGCACAGGUACGACGUCACCGUCCCACAUGUGGCCGCUGCCGCCGCCGCGGAGGACGAGCAAGACGACGCGCGGAGGCGAGCUCUGGCGAACGCCACGGAGUUCCUGGACGAGGACGUCCGGGAGGUGAUCAGCUGGCUGACCAAAGACCUGCCCCGCGGCCAUCCGCAGUGCUGGCUCCGGGUCAUCGCCAUUGUGAGGAGGCAGUACCAGGAAGACGAGUACCCGCUCACGAGGAAGGUCUACGAGCAUCCAUCCUUGUCGAGCUGCUUCCAUCUCAAGGCAUGGAUCAAUGGCAUCGAGAAGUACAUGAAGCGCAAGGAGACGCUCCAGUGCAUACUGGACCAGCUGCCCGCACUGGAUGAUGAUCAUGAUCAUGCAGACAAGUUAGCGGCAGGCGAUGGCGACAUGGAUGAGGAGGAGCAUCAGUUGGUGAAGAAGCUCAAGGAUCGUCUCAAGGGCAAAAGGUUCUUGAUUGUCGCCGCUAACGAUCCAUAUGGAAAGGUGCGGGCAGAGAUAGAAUCUGUGGCUGCUAGCCAUGGCGAUCCCUUUUCAGCUGGAAGUGCCAUCAUUGUGACGACAUGGCGGGAGCCGUUGUCGGUUCCCUACAAGGUCAAGAACUAUCUCAACAUUGACACCCUUUUCCACGAGAAAGCUGUGGCACUAGUCGGUGACCAGUGCGACAGCGAUCUGCAGGAGAUCAUAAGGAAGAUACUCACAAAGCGUGGAGGGAACUUCUUCUCCAUGGAGAUGUUCCUCCACGCGCUCUAUGUCAAUCCCAAAAGACCCAAAGAGCAGCUUCAGAUUUUGCUGGACAGCCUCACAUUUGGGAGCAUCAUUGCUACACACAUGAUACUCUUCUCCUACAAUGACCUCCCGAGCCAUUACAAGAGCUGCCUGCUGUACCUGUCCAUCCUUUUUGAGAGGAUGUAUCUGACAUCCAGCUCUCCACAGGAUUUCAGAGUCAAGAGGCAAAGUGCAGACCUGCAUGGUGCAUCAUUGGAUUCUGUCAUUCAUUACCUGCCUCCUAACUUGGCUUCUCGCCUUUCUAUCUGCAAUGGAAUCAGGCUGCAACAACUCCAGCACCACAAAAUGAAAAAUGUAAAGGGUGCUGAACAAUCCACCGGCUGCUGUUGGCGAAACAUCCAUGAGCGUCCCAUUCCCAUAGAAGAUCCAGAGGAUUCUAAAUAUUUCAUGGAAAUGGAUUACACGGAAGCAUUUCUUGAGUUGCUGCAAGUAUCUCCUCCAUUAGGAUUCGUGGAAGUGCUGGACCUAGAAGGAUUCAAAGGGUUGAAGAAACACCACCUCAAGGACAUCUGCAACAAGGUAUAUCAGCUCAAGUAUCUGAGUAUAAGGAACACUGAUAUCACUGAGCUCCCAAAGGACAUUGAGAAGCUCAGAUACCUGGAGACACUUGACAUCAGACAAACCAAAAUACGGACAUUGUCCUCAAAAGCUGCCAUGCUACCAAAGCUGAUGCAUCUACUCGCCGACAAUGUUGAACAUCAAAGAAAGGAUGCUGCCUCUGGGUCAGGGGGCAGGUCAUUUUCCACUGUGCAAAUGCCUCGUGGAAUCGGGAGCAUGACAGAUUUGCAGAUUCUGUGCCAUGCUGAAGUCUUCAACAGUGCUGAUGAAUUGAUGGAAGUUGGACGGCUGCAACAACUGAGAAAGCUGGGUGUGGUUCUCCGUGGCAAGGAAGCUCAUCUUGGUCAUUUUCUACGGCUAACUAGCAGCAGCGAAACUCCUGACCUGAACAUGGAGAAGACUGCAUUCUCACCCCCAAAAUUACUUGAGAGCCUAACCAUCAAUGGCACCAUAACCAGGCUGCCUAGUUGGAUCAAGGAGCUUCAUCUACUUUCCAAGAUAACUCUAUGUGGUACUUCCUUGAUUGACAAUGCCAUCCGGAGUCUUGGUGAGCUCAGCAGCUUGCGGUGCCUCAGGCUCUGGCACAAGUCAUACAUAGAAAUGAGGCUCACCUUCAAGGAUGAUGAGUUCCAGAAUCUCAAGUACCUUGUUGUCGAGGGCUCAGACAUCACCACGAUCCAUUUCGAGAAUGGAGCUACUCCUAAGCUUGAGAACAUAGUUUGGGAUUUCACGCAAUUGGUAUCUCUUUCUGGAGUAGAAAACCUUCCAGGUCUGAAGGAGAUUGAGCUUAAUGGUGACUGCAAUCCAUAUUCAAUCAUACAAAACAUGGCAGCACAUCCAAACCAUCCUGUUGUCAUACAUAAUGCCAAUCCAUGA